AUCAAUCACUCAACCAAAAUAUCUCUUUUUUCCUCAUUGGUCACUUUUUCUCUUUUUCAUUUUGACAAACAGUUGAUGUACACAAAAUUCCAGUACAGCUACAGCCACUGACCGAGCGCGUGUUGACUGAAUUCUUUAGGUAACAAUGGCGGAUCGACAGAGAAAAUUGAUGAGCGAAGGUGUCUUAACUUAUGCAUACAUACUUCUCUAUAUUUCCUUAUCUAGUGGUCAGAUCUUCUUCAAUAAGUGGGUUUUGUCAUCAAAAGAAAUAAACUUUCCAUAUCCUCUUGCGCUGACGCUACUUCAUAUGGUCUUCUCUUCAGUACUAUGUUUUGCGCUUACCAAAGUUCUCAAGAUAAUGAAGGUUGAGGAAGGAAUGACUCUAGACAUAUACAUUAGUUCGGUCAUCCCAAUUGGCGCUAUGUUUGCUAUGACGCUUUGGCUUGGGAACACAGCUUACCUUUAUAUUUCUGUUUCAUUUGCUCAGAUGUUGAAAGCAAUCAUGCCAGUAGCUGUCUUCAUCCUUGGAGUUGCAGCUGGACUCGAAAUGAUGAGCUGCAGAAUGCUUCUCAUAAUGUCUGUAAUCAGUUUUGGUGUACUAGUAGCUUCUUAUGGAGAAAUAAACAUUAACUGGGUGGGUGUCAUCUACCAAAUGGGAGGUGUUGUUGGAGAAGCUUUAAGGCUUAUAUUUAUGGAGAUUCUGGUAAAACGGAAGGGCCUCAAGCUAAACCCCAUAUCUGUCAUGUACUAUGUUAGUCCAUGCAGCGCUCUUUGCCUUUUAGUUCCAUGGAUUUUUUUGGAGAAACCAAAGAUGGACGAACAACUAACAUGGAGCUUUCACCCUUUUGCUCUAACUCUAAAUUGUAUAUGUACCUUUGCGCUGAAUCUCUCUGUUUUCUUGGUAAUCUCACAUACAAGUGCCCUAACAAUUCGUGUCGCUGGAGUUGUCAAAGAUUGGGUGGUUGUACUUCUAUCUGCACUACUCUUUGCGGAUACGAAGCUGACCCUUAUCAAUCUUUGUGGUUAUGCUAUUGCUAUUACAGGUGUAGCUGCAUAUAACAGCCACAAGCUAAAAAAGGAAGCUACCCGAGUCAGCGCAGACGAGUCUCAAGCUGCUUCGUCUAUACCUUUAGUAUCAUCUUCAACGUCCAAUGUGUAGACCUAUGCGAAGAGCAGUCUUGCAGUCUGUUCUGAGGUCUUGCAUGUGAAGGAGCAGAAAAUUCUGCAAAUUCUUAAAAUUGAUGCAUUGUUGAAUACUGCUUCAUAUUGUUGCUUUAGAAGAAGAUAAAAGUUCAACAUGGUGAUAUUCAAGUCAGGAACUUGUCUAUGAAUAUGACAUUCUCUGGUUGUUUCUGCUGCUUUUGAAUUCGAGACAUCGGAGCACAAGAAAGAGAGAGUUAUAAUGAUGUAUAAUGUAGAGGAUUUUUCUUUUAAACGCGAAAAGGUUGGACACUGACAUUCUUUUGUUGGACGUAGACAUCGAUGACUGCUGACUGUUGAUAUGUUAAAACAGAUUCCAGAUGUAUUAAAGUGUAUAGCUGUUGGUGGAACUGAGUUGUUGAGACAAUUUUCUUUGUAAGUUUGAUCUUUUUAUGCUUGAAAUCAAGAGUUAUGACUUCCAUUAAUAUUUGAACUGAAUUAGUAAGAGUUGAAGCCUCACAUUGUA